GCAGGGGUGGCGGUGCUAUGGGGUCGCGGAGGGCCGUGGGCCGGGGCUGGGGCCUGGGUGGACGGGCAGGGGCGGGUGGCGAUGGCGAGGACGACGGGCCGGUGUGGACGCCCGGCCCGGCUAGCCGUAGCUAUCUGCUCAGCGUGCGGCCAGAGACUAGCUUAUCAAGCAGCCGGUUGUCUCACCCCAGCUCUGGAAGGAGCACCUUCUGCUCCAUCAUUGCUCAGCUCACAGAAGAGACCCAGCCACUGUUUGAGACCACACUCAAGUCCCGGGCUGUGUCCGAAGACAGUGACGUCAGGUUCACCUGCAUUGUCACAGGAUACCCAGAGCCAGAGGUGACCUGGUACAAGGAUGAUAUAGAACUGGACCGUUACUGCGGCUUGCCAAAAUACGAGAUCACUCACCAAGGCAACCGUCACACCCUGCAACUGUACAGGUGCCGGGAAGAAGAUGCUGCCAUCUACCAGGCCUCUGCCCGCAACACCAAGGGCAUCGUGUCCUGUUCAGGGGUCCUAGAGGUGGGCACUAUGACCGAGUACAAGAUUCACCAGCGCUGGUUCGCCAAGCUGAAGCGCAAGGCGGCAGCCAAGAUGCGGGAGAUCGAGCAGAGCUGGAAGCAUGGGAAGGAGGCUUCAGAGACCGACACCCUUCGCAAGAUCAGCCCUGACCGCUUCCAAAGAAAGCGCCGACUGAGUGGGGCCGAGGUGGCAGUCCCCUCAGCCCCCGUCAGGGAAAUGGAGGAAGGGUCCUCGGCAGCUUGGCCGGAAGGAGAGACUGAGUCCGCACAGCACCCAGGUUUGGGUUUGAUCAACAGUUUUGCUCCUGGAGAGGCACCCACCAAUGGGGAACCUGCCCCAGAGAAUGGGGAAGAUGGAGAGCGUGGCUUGCUGACCUACAUCUGUGAGGUCAUGGAGCUGGAACCUCAGAGUACCCCUCCAAAGGAGUCUGGGGCUAAGAAGAAAAGGAAAGAUGAGUCUAAACCGGGAACACAGAAGCCAGAGUUAGAAAAGGCAGAUGGAAGCCAGUGCUCUUCAGAAAAUGGAAUCCCCAGUACAGACAAACCCAAUUCCAGUAGAAGAGAGAAACCCACCGAUCCGCAAGCAGCUCAGACCCAGCCCAGAGGCAGGGUAGCACGGGGGACUGUGCCUUCUGGAAUAGAAAGCACUAGGAAGUCAGCCUCUGUGGGCGCUCAAGACAAGGUCCAGGCUGCUUCUGCCCCAGCCCCGGGCUCUGCCCCAGCCCCAGGCCCUGCCCCAGCCCCGGCCUCCAGCCCAGCCCCUACCCCAAGCCUCAGUUCAGAGCAGGUAUACUUCUCCCUGAAGGACAUGUACAUGGAGAAUACCCAGGCAGGCAGGUCCCAAGGAGAGGAGAGGCUUCCACUCCCAAGAACCAGGGUUUCUGGAGAAAGUCCCUCGGGGUCUGGAGAAAGUCCCUCGGGGAAGGUACCAGUCAAGGCUAGAGGUGAGAAGGUCCCUAUGGCCUCUGGCCAGCCCACGCCUUCUAUGGUCCCCCCACCCAUUAAGCCUUUGAAUAGGAAAAGAUUUGCUCCCCCUAAACCCAAGGGGGAGCCCACUACCACUUCUUCCUCAAGUCAGGCUCCAGAUGCUGUGGCCCAGAGCUUAGGGAAGACCCUACCUCCAGCCUCUGCCCAGGUCCCAACACCCCCUGCCCGACGGAGACACAGCACCCGAGAUAGCCCCUUGCAAGGUCGAACAAGCUACAAGACUCCAGGAGAGGCUCUGGAGUCCCAAGCAGCCACGGCUCCUGCCACGGCUUCCAGCGGCAGCCCCAAUGCCGUCUCUGUCCAUCACAGCACCCCUGGAAAUCAAGGUGGCACGGAGCCCAUGGAUACGGACGCUCCAGAGGACGGGAGGACACAAGCUGAUGGGAGAACCGGAGGCGGGAAGGAAACACAGACAGAUGGAAAGCUGCACGCGGAUGGAGGGACUCAGGGAGACGGCACACAAGCCUCCCAGGGGACACAGUUGGACGAGAAGGAACAGGUGGACGUUGUGACACAAGGAAGUGAGAGGCCACAGUCAGACGGGAGCGCACAGAAGGAUCCGGUGACGCAGGGAAGGGUGGGUACGCAGGUAGGACAGACACAGGUGGAUGAGAUAUUGCAGCGAGACCCAAGAGACACAAGGAUUCAGGAAGAAAAGGAGACACAGUUAAUGGACAGCAUCUCCACGGCUUUCAAAACCCAAUCGGAGCAGCCGUCUGUGGCCAGCCACAGCUCACCACCCAGGGCCCUCAAACUCUCACCAUCAGAGUGCCCUAGAGAUGAUCAGGCUAUGGAAUGUUUUGAGACGUGCCCAGAAGCAUCUCAUGUCCAAGAAAAAUCUGGUUUCAUGCUUAGUUCUGAAGAGCCAGUAGAAACAGCCUUCAAAAGUAAUGAGGACUCUUUACUAGGUCCCCUGUCAGGAAACCCUAUGUGCCCAGCACAGCUGCCUCCUGAGGGGGACUCAGAACAGUUGGGAGGAGAAACCCAUCCAAGGCCACAGUGGUUAGGUCUGGUUAAAGCCAAUCAAGAAGCCAGCCUGUUUCAGUGUCCCAAGGAGGAGCAGCCUGGGGAAACGCUGUAUGUGGAUCUCCCUGGUGGGCAUUCGACUGACUCGAGUCAGGAGGUACCCACCACGCCCUCUUCUUCUGGACCAGGCCUGACUGAUAGACUGCAGGAGGGGCUACCCAGCCACACAGCUUCUCAGCACAUGGGCAUGGACGACUUCCUCCCCUCCACGGACCAGGACCUGCUGAGUUCUGCUUCCACUCUGCAGCUGGGGCCAGGGUCCCCCACCCAGAGUCACCCACCAGAAGCCAUGGCUACCAGCAGUGGGGGAGCCUGUGCCAAGGAGCCAAAUGUGGAGGGGAGAUCCUCAGGGACCCGGAGCUGUGACCCUGGGCUGAUAGACUCCCUGAAGAACUACUUGCUUCUGCUGCUGAAGCUCUCCAGCCCAGAGACGGGUGAAGCUGGGGCACCGUCCCGGGGAGAGGCUGCCCCUGGAGGCCUAGUUUCCUCCUCUACUCUGGUCCCCACUGUGGAAGUGGCCGGGCUGAGUCCCAGGACAUCGAGGCGCAUCCUGGAACGUGUGGAGAACAAUCACUUGGUGCAGAGUGCGCAGACCCUGUUGCUGAGCCCCUGCACCUCCCGCCGCCUCACUGGCCUCCUGGACCGUGAGGUGCAGGCUGGCCAGCAGGCUCUGGCUGCUGCCCAGUGCUCCCGGGCCCCGUGUCCCAGCCCCCUCACCAUCCCUGCCAUCGUGGUGGGUGAGGAAGCGUCUGGUGCUGGUGAGGGAGGGGAUUCCAGGGAGGAGAUCUCCCAGGAAAGUGACAAGAAAGGACUGCUGGGGGAAGUGGGUGAGCAAACCGCAGAGAGCAGGACCCGGGGAGCCCCUCGAGAAGACGCGACCCCAGGGGAGGCUUUGACAGGUCUCCCUGCAGCUACCCCCGAGGAACUGGCUCUCGGGGCCCGGAGGAAGCGGUUCCUCCCUAAGGUCAGAGCGACCUCAGAUGGAGACUCGAACAAGGCUGAAGAACGGGAGAGCCCUACAGUUUCCCCUCAGGGACUCAGGAAGGGCCUGACACCUGGGUCUCCAGGGACACCAGGGCGGGAGAGACGGUCCCCUACCCAGGCCCGAAAGACCAGCAUGUUAGAGGUACCCGGGACAGAAGAAGAGUCUGCACCAGGAGACCUGGGCCCCAGACCCAAAGCCAGUGGCCUGGACUCAGAGCCCGCCCUGGAGGAAGGCAAGCAGGAAGCUCUAGCCAAGCCAAGGAAAGCCAAAGACCUGCUUAAAGCCCCACAGGUGAUCCGGAAAAUCCGGGUGGAGCAGUUUCCAGACUCUUCUGGCAGUCUGAAGCUCUGGUGCCAGUUUUUCAACAUCGUUAGUGACUCAGUCUUGACUUGGGCAAAGGAUCAGCACCCAGUGGGCGAGGUGAGCAGGAGUGCAGGGGACGAGGGGCCGGCGGCCUUGGCCAUCGUGCAGGCGUCUCCCGUGGACUGUGGCAUGUAUCGCUGUACCAUCCAUAAUGAGCACGGCUCAGCCUCCACUGACUUCUGCCUCAGCCCCGAGGUGCUGUCUGGCUUCAUCUCCAGAGAGGAAGGUGAAGUUGGAGAAGAGAUUGAGAUGACCCCCAUGGUGUUUGCUAAGGGUCUGGCUGAUUCUGGAUGCUGGGGGGACAAGCUCUUUGGGCGACUGGUGAGCGAGGAACUCCGAGGGGGUGGACAUGGAUGUGGCCUUCAAAAGGCUUCGCAGGCCAAGGUCAUCUAUGGGCUAGAACCCAUCUUCGAAUCCGGCCGCACGUGUGUCAUCAAGGUAUCCAGCCUGCUUGUGUUCGGACCCAGCAGCGAGACUUCUCUUCUGGGCAGAAACUAUGACGUCACUAUCCAGGGGUGCAAGAUCCAGAACAUGAGUCGUGAGUACUGCAAAAUCUUCGCAGCUGAAGCCCGGGCAGCGCCUGGCUUUGGGGAGGUGCCUGAGAUCAUCCCACUCUAUUUGAUCUACCGGCCUGCAAACAACAUACCAUACGCUACCCUGGAGGAAGAUCUGGGCAAGCCCCUGCAGUCUUACUGUUCCCGGCAAUGGGGCUGUGCUGGGGCCCCAGCAGCAUCUAGCAGCUCGGAGGCCAUGCAGAAGUGCCAGACCUUCCAGCACUGGCUGUAUCAGUGGACGAACGGCAGCUUCCUCGUCACAGAUUUGGCAGGGGUUGACUGGAAGAUGACAGACGUACAGAUCGCUACCAAACUUCGAGGAUACCAAGGCCUCAAGGAGAGCUGUUUCCCUGCCCUGCUGGACCAGUUUGCCUCUUCACACCAGUGCAAUACCUACUGUGAGAUGCUGAGGUUGAAACCCCUCAAGGUCCCUGAGGCUGCCCACCCCCAAGCCAAGGCCAAAGGCUCCAAGAGUCCAUCUUCUGGCAGGAAAGGCUCCCAGCUGAGCCCCCAGCCUCAGAAGAAAGGUGUUCCAAGUCCUCAGGGCUCCCGGAAGAAUGCUCCCAGCUUCAAGGCCACACCUCAGGCCUCCGAGGCAGUCACUGUUCAGUUAUUGGGACAGGCCCCUGCCCAAGAGGGGGGCUCUAAGGCCCAAGGCAUGCGGUAGCCCCAACAGGAGGCUGGGGGCCUCUACCCGACAGCAGACCAACAGGAAGCAGCUUGAACCGGAUGGAGAUGUUUUCAAUUCAGGACUAACCAGAGAAGGUACCCAAAGCAGGUACCUCUUGGGGACUUCUCUGAGUAGUUUCACCUCAGUGAAAGGUGUUGGGCAUGGCACAUGGCCUGUUGGCCUCUUCUAGUGCCAUUGUUGCCCAAGGCUCCCAGGCCGCCAAGUGGGGCCCACCUCCAAGUACCUGGUGGCCUCGGCCCCCAUUUAAGUUUACACUUGCCACUGCUGGAGGCUCCGAGUCCUCUCCACGAGUUCUGCUCUCCACGAGCUCUGCCCUCUUGACCCCAGCCGCCGCACGAGCACUCUGGGGCCUGCGGGCCAGCAUUGACCUUUCACCCAUGCUUACCCUGGCCCUCUCGCUGUCCUCAGGGCACCAGACUUCCUGUGGGGUCUAGCCUGUGACUCUCAGGGUUCCAUCUCCUCUCAGCCUCUUGCCUCAUUCAUCACCACUCAUCCUGCAACUAACCUGUCCCGAGUCCAGAUGGGACCCAGGCCCCUUCUGAAGCCCACCCUGUCUUUGUGCAGAGUUUUGUUUUGUUUUGCUGUUGAUGAUCCAUGUUCUUGUCACUCUGGCACUUACUUGUUUCCCAUUCUUCCUUGCACACACCCCCAUCCCAGGCUUUGAACCCAGAGCAGUCUGCUGCCUGCCCUGCACCGGCUUUUGCUCGUCCCUUUGUCCGCAGGCUCCUUCCUUCCCGACCAAUGGCUGGGCGAGGAACAGCCUCUCUGGCUUCACUCCACCUCAGUGCACUCUGCCCUGGUUCUCCCCGCUUCUCUGCUCAGGAGGAGGGAGGCGGCAUGAGGGCACUACUGGGGGCAGAGGGAGGGCUUUGACUUUGAGGCACCUUGUGCUUUGUUCUGAUAGCAGUGGGGUUGUAGUCAAUGUCACAUCUCUGUCCUAAAGGAGAUGACUGGGACUCUUCCUCAUGAGGGUGGGGGACACGGCGUGUCCCGGGAGGGUCGCAAUCAUUUGUGUGCUGGGGUUGAGAAGGACAUCUCUGUACCUACCUCCAACCAUCGCUCUUGAUCCUGGGGCUCAACUCCAGAUGCUCAGGUGUGUGUUCCCAGGGACUUUCUGUGCUGGGUGGGUCCUUCUAGACACCCCUCCUUGAGACCCAGGAUGGGGUAGGUCUGGAGCUAGCCUGCUCCCCUUGUUAUGCAAUAAAGGCAGCAACUGUGUGUCCUGUUUGUUACCCUCA